AUGGCGGGGGGCCAGGAGAGUGCUGGAAUUGUGACAAGCGAUGGAGAGUCGUCCCAGGCAUUCAAAGUGCACAAGGGAAUGGGUCUUAUAAAUCAUGUCUUCAAUGCAGACAGCCUGAAGAAACUGUACGUUUCAAACCUCGGUAUAGGGCACACGAGGUACUCCACCUCGGGAAUUUCUGAGCUGCAGAACUGCCAGCCUUUUGUCGUAGAGACUCUUCAUGGGAAGAUCGCUGUGGCACACAACGGGGAGCUAACAAAUGCUGUACGACUCAGGAGGAAGCUUAUGCGGCAUGGUGUAGGACUGUCGACCAGUUCUGACAGUGAACUGAUCACCCAGCUGCUGGCUUUCACACCUCCUCUAGAAAAUGAUGAUACAGCCGACUGGGUAGCAAGAAUAAAAAAUUUAAUGAAUGAAACUCCAACUUCAUAUUCAUUGCUAAUUAUGCAUAAGGACAUAAUCUAUGCAGUACGUGAUCCGUAUGGGAAUCGCCCACUCUGCAUUGGUCGCCUUAUUCCAGUAGGAGACAUGAAUGGAAAAGGAAAAGAUAACAGUGAAACAGAAGGAUGGGUAGUCUCAUCUGAAUCCUGUAGCUUUUUGUCUAUCGGUGCAGAGUACUAUCGUGAGGUCCUUCCUGGAGAGAUUGUGAAAAUAUCCAGAUAUGAUGUCCAGACACUGGAUGUUGUACCAAGACCUGAAGGAGAUCCGUCAGCAUUCUGCAUCUUUGAAUAUGUUUAUUUUGCAAGACCGGACAGUAUUUUUGAAGGUCAGAUGGUGUAUUCAGUCAGGAGAAGAUGCGGGCAGCAGCUUGCUAUUGAAGCACCUGUGGAAGCAGACCUGGUCAGCACUGUUCCAGAGUCUGCAACCCCAGCAGCUCUUGGUUAUGCUGAAAAGUGCGGACUACCAUAUGUUGAAGUACUCUGUAAAAACCGAUAUGUAGGAAGAACGUUUAUCCAGCCAAAUAUGAGGUUACGGCAACUUGGUGUUGCAAAGAAGUUUGGUGUUCUGUCUGAUAAUUUUAAAGGCAAGCGAGUUGUUAUUAUUGAUGAUUCAAUUGUGAGGGGCAAUACCAUUUCACCCAUAAUAAAACUACUGAGAGAAUCAGGAGCAAAAGAGGUGCACAUCCGUGUGGCUUCACCUCCCAUAAGAUUUCCUUGUUACAUGGGAAUAAACAUUCCAACUAAAGAAGAACUCAUUGCCAACAGACCUGAAUUUCAUGAUCUUGCAAACUAUAUAGGAGCAGACAGUGUUGUCUAUCUCUCUGUGGAAGGGCUGGUAUCGUCCGUGCAAGAAAGCAUCAAAGCAAGACAAGAGAAUGAGAACAGCCUUAAAACCCAGAAAUCGCGCGUUGGAAAGAUUGGUCACUGCAUAGCGUGUCUCACUGGAGAGUAUCCCGUAGAGCUGGAAUGGUGAAUUUUUAGUGGAUGGACACCAGUUCUUCUCUUGUGGAAUGUACCUGUUUCAAAGAUGCCUUCUUGCUAAUAGUCUUCUUGUAUUUCGGUAAUACGGAAAGCUUAUUACAAUUACUGUUACUAAAAUACAUCUUUACAGUACAGACUUACAGAAAGUCUGACGUGCUGAUAAAAACAAUGUAAGCAGAUUAAAAUACAAAAUCAUGUAGUUUUGAUGCACAGUUGUGCCUUCUAUUUUCUCAUAAAAUAUU